AAGAGUCACGUUUGCCACCGGUAAAACGUUUAGUUGUGACCAAUAGGUCCGUUCGGAAGGAACGGUUACCUACUCGCACUCGUGGUUGUCGUUGCACUUGUGAUCAACAUGUUCGGCUUCAAAAAAGGAACUGUCAUUGGGAUGAUAGUGGGGCUCUGCGUGGCCGUUGGUGUCAUCGUCGCUAUUGUUAUUCUCACGAGAAAUGCGAAUAGCUCGGGAGAGAAAACGCGCGAGUGGGAGAGCAAAUUCGUUAGUCAAUCAAUCUUAGGAGAAUUUCAAAAGGCUGCUGUAGCAACGAAUGGACUGGAGUGUUCGGACAUAGGGGCUGAAAUGCUCCGGAGAAACGGUUCAGCGGUGGACGCGGCGAUAGCAGCACUUCUGUGCGAGGGCGUAUCGUCUUCUCACAGUAUGGGGAUCGGUGGAGGAUUUCUGAUGACGAUUUGGGACGCGGAGAAGAACGAAUCCGUGUUCCUCGAUGCGAGGGAAACGGCACCUGGUAAAGCGCACGAAGAAAUGUUCAAGGGGAACGCGUCACUUUCAUUGUUCGGUGGAUUAGCUAUCGCUGUGCCCGGCGAAAUCGCCGGAUACUGGGCGGCCCACCAGAAAUACGGGAAACUCCCCUGGAAGGACUUGUUCGAGCCGACGAUAGCUCUGUGCAAAGAAGGAGUUGUAAUCAACGAAUACGUUGCCCACAAUUUCAGAAAUAAGGAGCACUUGAUCAAGGAGCAGCCGAGUCUCGCGGAGAUCCUCAUCAAUCCCAAAACAGGGAGGACGUGGACGGUCGGUGACAGACUCUUCCGGCCGAAAUUGAAUACAACGUUGAAGUUGAUAGGCGAACAUGGCCCAAGUAUUCUUUACAAUGGCACGAUGGGUGAACAGAUAAUCAAGGAAAUUAAGGGAUUUGGGGGGAUUAUGGAGAUGGAUGACUUGAGAAAUUACAGACCGAGGUGGAACACUCCGGCUAAAGCAACUCUCGGGGAGUUCACAGUCCUCUCAGCCCCACCCCCAGGCUCAGGACUAAUCCUCACAUUCAUUCUAAAUGUCUUGCAAGGACUCGUUCCAACAUCGAAUGAGGGAGAUUUCUGGCAGCGAAUGAUCGAAGCCUUCAAGUGGGGGUACGCGAGGCGAACGCAGCUGGGGGAUGAUAAAUUCGAGGAUCUAGGUGAUAUAAUCGCGAAUUUGUCGUCUCAGAGCUACGUAGAGGAGAUCAGAAGCAAGAUUAAGGACGAUUGGACAAGCACUCACCCGAAGUACUACGGAGUGGAUGUGGCUGUUCCUAAUGAUUCAGGAACCUCUCACGUGUCUGUUCUGGCUCCUGACGGCUCUGCCGUAUCUGUAACGUCAACUAUAAAUCAAAUAUUUGGUGCAAUGAGGCGAUCACAAUCAACCGGAAUAAUCUUCAACGACGAAAUGGACGACUUCAGUUCUCCCGGCAUAACAAAUGGCUUUGAUCUCCCUCCAUCGCCAAGGAACUUUAUCAAGCCUGGUAAAAGACCCAUGAGUUCAAUGGUACCGACGAUUGUGAUAAACUCCAAAAACGAAGUGCAAAUGGUGGUUGGAGCAGCUGGAGGUUCGAAAAUCCCGAGUGCUGUGGCCCUGUCGAUGGUCCUGAACCUCUGGACUGGCUACAACAUAAAAGAAGCUGUGGACGCCAGGCGCCUCCACCACCAGGUGCUCCCGAUGAGAAUCGAGGUGGAGAAGGGCUUCUCCCAGCCUCUCCUCAAGCACAUGAUAGAGAUCGGCCACAAUACCACUUACUUCAAUGGAAUCGGAAGCGCAAUCUGCGCGAUAUCUAGACUCAAUCACGAGGGAAUCACCGCAAACUCGGAUUAUCGUCGGCAAGGAGGUGUUGCUGGCUAUUAGAAUUGUAGAUAUCAAUUUGUAAUUAAUUCAUCCCUGUCAAUUCAUGUAAAUUCAUGUAUUAUGUAAAUAUAGAGAAUAUUUUUAUUUAUGUU